CAAGAAAACUUAUUGAAAGACAUACCACCAUACUUACAACACUCUACAAACUAUUCACUUGUCAAAUGUCUAGAUUGUUGCCAUUUUUCAAGCGAAUAAUGAAGAACAACUUGAGAAGUAAGAACCAUGAAUUAGCUUUAAACCAAUGUAGAAGUAAAAACACAACAACUUUCAACUCGUGUCUCAAGAAAAUGGAACCCAUCUGUGCUUCUACAACGCAUCGUGUUAUAAAAACAAUCCGGAUAUCAAUGGAACUUGCGGAUAUUUUUAUGAAACUUUGGCCAAAUCUAAAAAUUGUUCAUUUAAUUAGAGAUCCACGAGCGGUUACACGGUCACGUCUACGAUCCUCGGAAUUUUCAAUGGCAAGAUAUGUCUUUACUCAUUCACAAGACCUUUGCAGUCGAAUGUACGAGGACGUUAUUCAGCAUAUGAAACUUCAGAAACUUUAUCACAAUAGGUUAAAACUUGUAAUUUAUGAAGCAUUAACUGAAAGGCCAAUGAAUGGUGCAAGAGAUAUUUACAAGUUUCUUAACAUGACAAUGACCAAACAGGUUGUUCAGUGGAUUUAUCAAACAACACAUGCUAAUAAAAAGGCAAAUUCUGAGUAUUUUGGUACGUCAAGGAAUAAUGCAACAGAACUCGUGUCAUCCUGGAGAAUAAAGAUGGAUUUACUCAAGGUCCAAGUAAUAGACUAUUUUUGCAAAGACCUGUACACUUUGGUUGGAUUUAUUCCAAUGAAUUCUACAGAACAACUUAGAUUACUGAGUGUGCCUUCCAGAAGGAAAUCAAGCAUUGACGGAUUUGUGUGAAAGCAAGAGUUGUAAUAUAAUAAUUAAGGUUGUACCCUGUAAUGACAUUCGGCAAUUUCCGUGUGGUUACGUAUUCUUGUUAGGCAAUUCGGCGUUCUUCGGAGGUAAAGUAGGUCAACACACACAUACCUUAUAUAAUAUGGAAACUGUCCGAAUCGCAUAUGAAGAAAACGUAAUUUGCUAUCCAUUAUCUUAAACUUGCCAAUGGUAUUUGUAAUGUAUUAAGACUAUUGAUCAGCAAACUGCCCACUGCUAUGAUAAGCCUCGCCUAAUGCAACUGCCUCUCUGAUACCAAUAGAAUUGUAUGUUGUUGAAUUUGAGAAUUAGAAUAGAUUUAGUAACUAUCAAGAUGACUUGUGUCUUUCUAGUCCAAUGACUAUAUAAGAUUAUGUCAUAUAAGAACCCACAAGAACAUUACAGUAUUAAAGUUGAAAAGGCAUUAUUUGGGCAUUUUUAGAACUUAAUUGAAAUGUCGGAGCUACUUUGCAUUAUACACGCAUAUUCAACAUCACUAAUUUUUUUUUCUUAUUAGCCUCUUAGUUUAAGAGGUAAAAAUAUUAGUAUACAAUAUUUUUCGUCCUGUUUUCGAAUAGAAAGAAUUUCAAGAAUGAAUGAUAAUGUAGUGAUUUUUACAACGAUGCAAAAUUAUUUCGUAACAUCGUAUCGUAGAAACAAUGUUUGAAUUAAACUAUGUGCACACUCAUCGGAGGUUAUUGUCUUUGAGCCCACAA